GUUUUCUAAAGAUUAUGAUCUGUUUAGAAAUUGUGGCACGUUUGUUAGUUCCUUUUCGGAAGUUAUUGCUAAUUUUUCGUGUCAAUGAUUAACGUUAUUUGUGUUACCAUAGCAAAACAUUCCUUGCAGUUGUCAGUUACAAAAGACCCGCCUGCUAUUGAAAUGGAGAGCUUUCUAAGGCGGAGGCUUGCUCAGGCCGGUGGCAACAUAUUGGGUGGAUCUUCUCUCCAAAAACCUGUUUCCUCUUACCAGAAUGCCAAUUUGCCAGAUCUGUGUUCUAGUUUUUAUUCAAUUGCAGAUGAGCCUUUUCCUCAAGUUUCUGGAAUUUUCGAUGACACUGUUGGCCAGUCAUUUCUUUCAAGUGAAGCAGGAACUGUGUUGAAUUCCACUGCUUGCACGCCAUCAGAAAAUCAAACAAAAAAGGACGUGGCAGUUUUAGCACCAAGAAAAGAGGCUACCAAUGACUCUGCACUUAAUUGCUCUCUUGGAGCGCACUGUCGGUCGGGAAAUGAAAGCACGUCCACUAAAUCACCCCAGAAUGAGAAAGACAUUACCAGUGCAACAGCAGCCAAAGCAGAUGGGAACUGCAAUGAUGCCACGGCAUCCACUACAUCUUUAGAGAAAUCUGAUUUAAUGAGUGUAGAGUUGAAGAACAGCACUUUCGAUGUGACUCUAGACUCGAAAGAACGUUCUGACGCUGGGAUUAAUGCGACUGUUGAUCUACACAAUGUCAGAGAGAAGAACUGCACUUUUGAAUCUCAAGAGCCAAAGGAGGGGUCUGACCCUAAACUUAAUUCAACUGUGGAUAUUGAUGUUCCCGAUAUAAAAACUGAGUUGGGAAACACCACUGUUGACCUGGUCCAGUCACAUGACCCUAAAGAGGGACCUGACACUGGGGUGAAUGCAACUGUGGAUGUUCCUAAUCUAGACUGCACGCAUUCUAAAACAAAUUCAUCCGUUGAUAAGGGUGCACCGUUAAACACUACUACAGAGAAGCUUGAAGGAACUAUAGAUAUUCAGCCACAAGAAAAACCAGAUGGUACUUUUAACUCUACUGAGGAUGCUAAAAUUAAAAACACAGAGGAAGCUGAUGUAAAAGUCAAUGUAACUGUUGAUAUUGCGGAGCAAGCAGCCAGUGCUCCUCUUCAACCCUCUUGUGAGGUUGAACAACCUAUUAAACCAGCUGAGAUGACUAAACAUAAUACAACCACUGAUCUUACUCCCCCAGAAGUUCCAGUUUUGAAGGACACCACUGUUGAAAUGAAGCCCUCAAGCACUGAAUUAGCUGAUCAGGUUAAUGAUGUUUCUAACUCUGUAGAUGUCACUAAACCUGCCAGAGAAACUGAGAAAGCUGAGAUAAGCACCACAGCUUUUGUAUGCUCUGUCGACACUCCCGAUGAUGCUCCUGAGGUUAUCUCAGAAGAGCAUGACAAAAAAACAUCAAGACCUAGAUUGGCAGACAUUGAGUCUCUUCCCUCUUCCGAUAUGGGAAACAUCAGCAGAAACAGUAUAUUUUGUUUGGAUGAUACACUGGAUAUGAAGACAAGCUUCAUGGUCACAUCCACUCCUAUUGUUUUUGGCAAAGAAUCCAGAUUUGAGAUCAUGAGAGACGUGAAGCCCACACCUAUGAGAAAGAGGCUGUCUGUGAUCAACAGCAUCGAGGCCCAGUCGAAUGAUGAGCUCGUUUGUGCAAGUAAUCACGACGGGACUGAUGCUGUGCAGGCGACUGAGCGCUCGAGCCAGAGUCAGAAAGUCUCAGCGACCUGUGCGUCAGAACCAGCAAAUGAGAACAAGCCUCCUGCGAAACCUCUAAUCAAAAGACAGCUUCCUCAGCUUUCCUCUAAGCUGAGUUAUCCCAAGUCCAGUCUUCCUCCAAGGCCGCAGUCGACAGUGAACUCCUCAGUAGCGGUCAAACCGAAGACCCUCCAAGGGCCGCCACAUCAGCCUGAUGCUUCAUCCACCACCCUGCUUGGCAACAAGAAGACCGUACAGACAAACAAGGGGAAGAACAUCGCACCUGUCAAGAACACAGCAUCAGCUAGCACUGUUAAGACCUCUAUGCUUUCUUCUGUCACUGGAUCCAACUUAACUGCUGUUGCAAAACCUUCAAGCUCUGGUAUACCGCAAAUGAAACCAUCAGGACUACAGCCACCAACCCGUAAAAGACUGGCUCUCAAGACGCCUCAGACUACACAAACCUCUGCAGAAACCGUUCAGACUCUGCCUAGUAACAAACCGCCAGGAUUAACAGGUAUGAGGACGAGGAAUUCACUGCUUACCAGUGUGGGCCAAAAGCACUUGAACAAUGAUGGUUUGCCUUCGGCAAAGAGAAAAAGAAUUGCACCUGCUCUGUCUACAGUAGAGAAUGAUGCUGCACAUCCAGCUGAAGGAGCACAUGAACCAGAUUGUGUUAAUUGCUUGCAACACCAAGAAAAACUUGAGAGGGUCAUUCGAGAACUAAUGGGUUUGCGUUCAGAGUGUAAAAACUGGGGACCACUGCACGAAAAACUUGAGAUAUGCUUAGAGGAACUGAAGAGAAUUUAACUUGAGGAGAAGAGAAGAAAAGAGAAGUGACACGGAAAGUUUUAAUUUAAUAACACUUGUGAAAUGUCUAUGCAGUUCUAUGCAUUUUUAUGUGCUUCUAAAAAAUGUGACACUGUUUAAUAAAAUGUAACUCAAUCGAAUACAUUGUCUACUUUAAGUGUCUGGCUUUUCCCUAA